UAUGCUAUAAAAGGCCUUAGUUUUAAUGGGCUGUCGGCUAACCUCUUAGUAACUAGAAUUCAAUCUCAUCAUUCAAAAAUGAAGUCUUCCAUAAUUGUCUUGUUCUUAUCCUUUUUUAUCGGUGAGUUCAUUUAAAGUUAAGUAUAAGUUCACAUUAUGGAUAGGGUUUUUUUGUUCAUGAUCUGGUCGCCUUAUUUAUUGGUGUUUUAAAUGAAUGCCACCUCUCUUGUAUGAUAAUGCUUGAUCACAUGUUAUGUAAUAAAUAAUUGAACACGUCUCAUGUUAUAAAUCCUUGAACACAUGUCAUGAAAUGAAUAUAUUUUAAAGAGCAAUGUAGAUACAAGAAAUAACACGGCAAACAGUGGCGGCGGCACUGCAUGGACCUCCCAUCUACUUCAUUUACUUGACAAAACACGCAUUCAAGUAACGCCCAUUAUAAUAAUCUAAAUUAGUGCUCACUUCUAGGAAUUUUACUUUACGUGCCUAUUUAACAUAGUGUUACAGCCAUACAGCCAUAGAGCCAUACCUAGAGAAAUAUUAUGUUUGAUGCUUGCGUGGAGGAGACUACAGUGUCAUGUCUGAAAACAUGUGUAAAUCUUCUGUCAAACUAUAGCCUGUGAUAUGGUUAUUUAUUGAUUGACAGAGUUCAUUUUUUGAGCUAAAACGAUGGCUCCCUGUGGAACGAAUCGCCGCUAUGACAUAUUUACUUAAAUAUCAAUAUGAAGUAACUAAAAGCAGCCAGACUUUAUGUGAUGAAUUAAAUGGCAACUUGUGGACUGGGCUCAACUCGGGACCACCAAACUGAUUUACAAACUUUGAAAGUUUAUCUUAAAUAAAGGAUUCUGUCGGGGUUUAAACCAAACGAGCAAUUUGUGGAAUGAACUCUACCCCUGGGCUACUCAAAUCAUUUCAAAUUUUUUUUUAAAACGUGAUUGUUUAUUUAAUUUCCUAUAAUAAAUGAUACAACUUUUAAAAGGUUAGCCGCCCCUUUCAGUGUUGACUGCUCCACUAUAUAAACCAGUCUCAUCAAACGAUUUUUAGUCGUUAAGGAUUGUUAUAUGGCAAUACUACAGUAAUAAAGUAUAUGACAUCUUACGGACCAGGCUUUUAUGUUAGAACUGUGUCUGUGUAGCCCCGGGAAGACCGGGUUUAUCAGCUAGUUAAUAAUUCUUCUCCAUAAUUGUCUGAUCGCGCCAUUGGGCGGCCAUGAGAUGUCACAUAAACUAGUCGUAUUUCUCCUUCAGCAUCUUGUGCUGCUGUCAGCCUGCUGGGUCAAAUCGGGCUGAUUGGUACUUGCGAGGAGGGCUGCAGCAACAACCUCAUCAUCCGGGCUGUCCGGCAGUUAGACGAAUGUCCGGCUGGGUUUGAGUGCCGGUCCAACGGAUGCGGUCACACCUGUCAGCCGAAACUAGGUAAGUUAAUGGCCAGUCAUUGAAAACGAAUUAAUGGAUUAAAUUGGCAGUGCUCACUGAUAUUAUUUGUAUGAAAGUACAACGUUGUUUUCAUAAUUCCAGUUGGGCUCCCUCCAUACUAUCAAAACACAACUACGUAUAACACAUGAAACAACAAUACUUAGUAAAGGAGUGUAUAGUUACAAGCGUUUUUAAACAUAUUAUGUCAAGAAGUCAAACAUAUUAUGCUAACAGGUCAAGCACAUUAUGUCAACAGGUCAAACACAUUAUGUCAACAGGUCAAACACAUUAUGUCAACAGGUCAAACACAUUACGUUAACAGGUCAAACACAUUAUGUUAACAGGUCAAACACAUUACGUUAACAGGUCAAACACAUUAUGUUAACAGGUCAAACACAUUACGUUAACAGGUCAAGCACAUUAUGUCAACAGGUCAAACACAUUAUGUCAACAGGUCAAGCACAUUAUGUCAACAGGUCAAACACAUUAUGUCAACAGGUCAAACACAUUAUGUCAACAGGUCAAACACAUUACGUUAACAGGUCAAACACAUUACGUUAACAGGUCAAACACAUUAUGUUAACAGGUCAAACACAUUAUGUUAACAGGUCAAACAAUUGUGUUAACAGGUUGAACACAUGCUUUGUUUACAAGAUUACACUUAGUCAUUUCUUUGUUGUCUCACUCACCUGCCAGGUAAGCGCAUCCCAGCUUGUCUGCUGCUCGCUUGUGGUAUCUACUGCCCGUUCGGGAUGAAACCGUCAACUAAUGGAUGUCCAUCGUGUGCCUGUAACCCGGACCCCUUCUUGAUUUGAGAACCUGCACUAAGAGACCCCUGGUCCAAUCAAUAAACAAUUCAAAAUCAAAUUGUGUCUCUUUGUCUCUGACACGAAUAGCCGUACUUUUACCUCGACACAUGUUGAUGAAUACUUGUAUGGAAUAGAUACUGCGUGAUCUGUGGUCGACAUGAGAGAAUGUAACAUAUUUGGCUUGCAGCACUUAGGUUUUAUACUUUAUGAUAUUCUACAUUAACGAGCUGAUGACUAUUAAAAGAUUAUAAUUACAUACCAGGGAGUCUCAUAAGCGCGCUAGAAGUACCUACCUUUUAUCUAACCCUUUAUGCAUAUCAAAGAUUACUUGUAUAGACUGCAUAAACGUAUCUUGUAUAUUGAAAAACUAUAGUUUAUAUUUCAAAAAGCAAAAUGAUAUUUUAUCCUGUAUGUAGCAAAGAUAAAUCUUUUUUUGAACUUUACUCAAUGUACUUUAAAAAAAACAAUUUUGACACAUUACAUCAAAUUGUAUCCAUUGCCUUCAGUGAAGGCAUUACACGAGCUAAAUGUAUUAUCUAAGCUAAAUUUAUUAUCUGAAUUAAUUUUUUUUAUCUGAACUAAAUGUAUUAUCUGAAAUAAAUGUAUUAUCUGAACUAAAUGUAUUUUCUGAACUAAAUGUAUUAUCUGAACUAAAUUUAUUAUCUAACUAAAUAUAUUAUCUGAACUAAAUAUAAUUUAUGAACUAAAUGUAUUAUCUGA